AUGAAACAUGCUUCCAUUAAAAUUAUGAAACAUAUCAUAGAGAGAGGAGAUGCUCAUUCUAGUGUUAUGUUAGAUGUUAAAAAAAAGUAAAUACCUAUUGAAUAUAUAAUUAUUUUUUUAUUUUCAUAAUUUAUUAGUAAUUGAUAUUUACAAUAUUUUAACAUAUCAUAAUGUGUAAAAAUCUGUUAGUGGUUUCAUACAAAUUAUAAUUUGACAAUAAUAGUGUUACUUAUAUUUAUGUAUAAAAAAAGGCUAUUUUAUGGUGUAGGCUCAUGCUAAUAAUAUUGAACAAUGUAUGUGCAGCUUUUUCUUUUUUAAGUUCUUUAUUUGUAAAAACAUUUAUUCAAAUUAAUAAUCAGAUAGGUUAUAGAAUUAUUAAAUUAACGUAAUAUUGAGAAUUUGACUAACAUAAUAUAAAGAAACUUUUCAAAAUUCCAAUUAGAAAAAUAUUAAAAUACUAUUUGUGAUUACAAGUGCAUAAGUUAGAAAAAUACAUUUUUAAUUUAGAACUAAAUAUUGAUACUUACUUUUUUUUCUUAAAAACACAUUUAAUAAGUUAAAAUUCUUGAUUUUUUCAACAAGUACUUUUUAUGAUUUUUUUUAAAAACACUUUGGUGGGUUAAAUGCUUUGACAUUUUUGGUAUUUGGAUGUUUCCCCAGAUGCCUUUUCCUCGGGUGUUUUAGUGGUAUUGGAUGUUCCCUCUAUAGUAUAAUAGAUUCAAAAAUAGGUAGGUACCUUGUUUUUACCUGAAGUAUCUGAAAUAUAAAAAGUUUAAGUUUAAUGUAUAUAAUUUAAUAUAAAACUUUAAGUUUUUGUCUGUAAGAGGGAAUUCCAAAGGAUAAGGUGUUGGAGUGACUUCCUAGAUUCAAUUUUUUUCACUCAGUACAAUAAAAUUUAUGAUAAUUCCACCUAGUGUUACUAUACUUGAACAAUUUUUCUAAAUUCCAAAGAGUUUUUCUAAAUAAUUAAAUAACCUGACAACAUUUAAAUAUUUCCGUAUGGCAACAAUAACACAGUAACAUUUAAAUACAAUAAAAAAAAAAAUUAAAUUUAAAAGUGAUAUAAAUAACAGUACAUUAUAUAGUAUUUAGUCAAUUCUAGAUUUCUAUGUUCAGGGCUCUUAUCCAUUCAUACGCUUCCUUUGUAACUUCAUUAAUCUCAUUAAUGCCCGACUAUUCAGACAUUCGUCUGUAAUAUGUCUCAUAGUCUUGCUGUCAUUUCCACAAUAAAAUUCUGAGCUGUCCUUUAAUUUCCACUUGAACAUCAUAUAUCCACAUCUUCUGUGUCCAGUUCUUAACUGGUUAAGGAUUACCCAUUCUUGUCGUGGAAGUUAGAAUCUUUUAACUCUUUGUGUGGGAUACUUUAUUAAAUUUGUAUGUAAUACCCUAUUGCCCAGUCACUUCUGCCAUUUUUUAGCAUUGCAGAAUUGCGACUGGAUUAGUUCUCUUGACCUAUGGUGAUUUCCUUGACUUAGGUAUUAUAUCUGGAACAUUUUUUAAAUAUUUUUAGAGGAUUGAGUUUUUGUAGGCAUCAGUCUUAGUAAAUAGUCUCAUUAAUGCUUCAUUCCCUCUACUUUCUGGCCAUUAUUGUUGCCACACGAAUAUGUGUCAAAUAUCUUCAAACUUCUAACCUAUAAUAGUGGACUAUUAUUAUUUAUUUUGAACAUUAAAUGAUAUGGUUAUAAAUAUAUAUGUAUAAUUAUUAUAAUAUUUUAAAACUUUGAUAUCCUAAACUAGGAAAAGGUUUAAUUCAUUGAUACUUUAAGUGCUAAAAUUAUGUGUAGAUAUAGAGAAAAAAAAAUCAUGUAUUAGAAUUUGGAUUUUUAUGAAUGAGUUCUCUUCAUUCUAAGUUUUUUAAUAAAAUUAGUUACGUAUAUGUAGUCAAUACCAUAAUUUAAUCAUCAUAUUACAAUAUGAAAAUUAUAUUUAUGACAUAUUAUCACUGAUUAUAUUAUAUACAUUAUAAAUGUAUAAAUGACACUUUACUGAAAAAACAAUGAUGGAUACAUAUAUGUAUAUUAAUUUUGUUUAUAAUUGUAUAUGAAAGUUUUAUAAAUGUAAUUUUAUUUUAGAAUUUUUUCAUUUUUAAAACAAGCCAUAUCGGACACACUACAAAUUAUCAAUGAUUUUUCUUUAAGAGAAGAUUUAAUUACACUUACAUAUGUCGUUUGUAAAACAGUAAGUUUUCAAGUUUAUAGAUGUAUAAAAUAUGAAUGAGUAUGAUAAAUAUUCUGGUACUGUUUAAAACAAAAGUAAUAAUUUAAUAUUUUUCAUUUAGAUACGUGUGGAAUGCCGUAAAGCUCUUUGUCAGUUUAUUGAAGAAAACUGUAUACAUUUUAUUAAUUUGUAUGAAAAAGACAGACCAAAAAAAGUAAGUGAAUACUAAAUACUUAAAUUAAAUUAAUUUAUAAUCAAAAUGUAUGUGUAGGUACAAGAAGUCCUGUAUCAAUUAUUAACAUUUUUCAUCAAAAUUCAUCAUCCAAAAUGUAUUGGAUUUAAUCAUAAUGCAUCACACUUUUUUAAUGAAAAAAUUUGGAUUGACCAAUUAUAUCAUAUAUAUGAGUUUGUCCUUCGUGAAAUACAACAAAACAAAAAUAAUUCUAAUCCAAAUUUCUUGAAUUACAUUUCAGAAUUAGCUAUUACAAUUUUCAGUAUAGUAAAUUACUGUAUCUCACUUAAUAACUAAUUUAUUUUUUAAUUUUUUAAUGUUUUAUUUAGAUGUAUUUUAAUAAAUCAAAUAGUUGGAGCUUGGCUUUUGAUGAUUAUCCUGCUCCAAAACGAAAAAAAAAUAAUAUAGAUUUGUUUUCAUUUAUAAAUGAUCUUGCUAAUUUAAAGACGUCUGAAUUUUGUACUAGGUAAUAUGCCUAUUAUUGUUAUUAACUCCAGUUUCAGAACCUGUUCAAGUCCAUUGUUGUAUCACACACUUCCUUAUUUUUCUAUCCAAUGCUAUCUCCUUAUAGUUUUCUUAUCCUAGUAUUGUUAGAUCCUUUGAGAUUUUAUAAUAUCAUCAUUGUUUAGGUCUGUGUAGUAGUCUCUUUCCUUUUCCAAUUCAGGAAUUCUUUUGCGACUAUAUUAGAUCUUAAUACAUAACUUAGUCUUUUGACUUUCAUUAUCUUAAUUAGCAUUGAUUUUCCAAAAGCAUUUUGUUUUUGAAUUAUUUCUUCAUUUAAAUUUGUCUCAUAUCUAUGCAUUAAAUUAUUCUUUUCUUUCUAAUAAUUUUGCAUACAUACUUUAUGAUAGCUCUUGCUAUUAUUUUAUAGUUUUUCAUUUUUAUUUUUUAUUUGAUAAUAGUUUUGAUGGUUGGCUCCUUAGGAUGGUCAUUAUUUUUGAAUUUUUGAAUUAUCAACGGCUCACCCUUUCAUUCUGUUUAGUACUAUAAGAAAGUAAUUUAAGUGAAAUUUGUUCAUGAUAACUCAUUUCAUCACAUGUCUGUAAAGGGUUGAAUAUUGCCAAAAGGCAGUGUAAAUUUGGUAUUUAAAUUUCAUUCUUAUUAGUAUUAAGAAUAAAAAAUAAAAAGGACCUUAUUUCUAGAUCUUUAUAUUGUAAAUAAAAAAUGUUAUGUUCAAGUUUCUCAUAAAUUCAUCAUUAACUCUCAAAAAAAAAAAAAAAAAAAAAAAAAUAGAUGAUACUGGAGAUGGGAGCGGCUACUGUUGUAGUGAGAAGUUGGGAAGGUAGGAUACAUAAAGUUAUUUCAUUUAAAUUUGUAAGCAAUGAUAAACCAUUGCAGCAAAUUACAGCAAAAGUCUCCCAAAAAUUAAAAUUCCUUAAAAGUUCAAAAGUGGCUCAAAAGUUUUGGUGAUGAUACCGAAAGAAAGUAAAUUAAAAAGGUAUUUUGUGAUUUUUCGAUUAAAUCAGUUUUUUGGUAGAAAACGUUGUCAUUCCAUGUUUUUAUAAAAUAAUGAAAUUGUUAAAUUGUGUGUUUUCCUAUGUGGGAGACUUGGCACCUAGAUAGUAUGUGUUAACACCCGUUGCUUGCUGAUACACGUUUCUUAAUUACUGGGAUUGUUAAUUUGGCUGUUUAGUUCUGUACCUAGGCAUAUAAAACUGUACUUUUUCAAAGGUAUACUUUUCAAUCUGUAAACUCUUUGUCUGGUGUAUUUUUAGUUCCUCUCUUGUUGUACACAUAUAAUUUCGUUUUGUUUUCAUUUAAGUAAGGAACUUGUUUCUUUUUAUUCUGAAAUGUAAAGAUUUUGGAAUCAGGAGUAUUAUAAAUCAUUUUUAAAAAUAUUUCACAAUAUACUUAUCACAUAUUUAUUUUAAAUAGUUAAAAUUGUAAAAAUUAUUUAUUUACAUUUUAAAUUAGUUUUCCAAACACUGUAUCAAAUAAAAUUAUAUACUAUCCAAGGUCCCAAUCAAAAUCUUUAACAGUUUCUGCAAUAGUGUUUGUUAUUUGUAUAAUAUAAUAUUAUAAUUCAUUAUUUUUUUUUUUCAAAAAUAAUAACUUUAAAUAGUAUUUUAUUAAUAAUGACAUUUGAAUUGCAUUGUUAUUGCUUUUUAUUAUGUUUAAAUUUUACAUAAAAACUGAUAACCGAUAUUUCAUAGGCUUAAUAUAAUUACAAAAUUGCUAGAAAAGCACUCAUUAGCACUAAAUGACAGUGAUUACAUCAAUUUAUUACAAUGCAUUGUAAAAUGUUUAAACUUAUAUAAGGAUCCAAAUUCUACAAAAUACUUAAUAAUGUGAGUUUAAUAUUUAUUUUGAAUUGAUUUUGAUUUACUUAUAUGAAUUAUAUUAUUGUUAUUGAAUUUAACUUUUGAAAUAAUGUUUCUAAAUUAGUUGUUGUAAUGUUUUAAUAAAAUCAGAACGACUUAAUAUGUUAAUUAUGACUAAAUUCAAUGAAGUUUCGUCUUUCAUCAAGAAUAUAUGGGCUUUUAUAUUAAAGUAAAUAUAACUUGAAAAGGUAUUUAAAAUAAUAUUCUGUUCCUUUUUAAAAAAAAAAAAAAACAUUGAUUUUUAGAACCAUAAUAUCAAAUGAGAAUUCAGACUUAUCACAUGAUCUUUUACAGUCAUUAAUUUUAUUACAAAAUUGGAAUAAUGAAAUGAAUUCUGACUUACUUAGAUUAUAUUUUAAUAAAACAAUUAAAAUUAAUAACCAUAGUUUACAAACUUUAAUUGUUUUAUUUAAGUCAAGAGGAUUCUGUUGUACUUCUUUAAAUAAAACAGUAAAUAUGUUAUUAAACAAUAUUUAAUAUACCUAGUUUAUCAAUUUCAAUAUAUUCAAAUUGUUAAUUGUUUUUCUAGAACAUACUAUUGUUACUUGACUGGUUGUUACCAAUGAAGAUACAAGAUGAAUUAUUAAUAGUGGAGACUUACUCAAAAGUUAAUCCUCGUGUUUUAUCAGAAGUAGUUUGUUUAAUAUUAAAAAAACCUACCAUUAACAAAUUAUUUAAUGGUAAUAAUCUUGAAAUAACCAGUUAUAAUGAUUUUGAGGACAUUUAUUUUUAUACUGCACUUCAAGAUGUUCCAAAAAUACAAUUAGAAAUUGCUCAUAAACCUGCUGAAAAUAAAAGUAAAAUAUAUUAUUUAGUUACCUUUUUAAAAUAAUUAACCACUAGUUAUGUAAUAAUCAAAUGAUUAAUAUUGUUUAUUAUAGAGGGCUAUAUUAAGUUAGGUAUGUAUUUUUUAACCUUUAAUUUAAUAUUAUAAAAACAAACAAAUAUUUCACUAUAAACUAAAAUUAAUAUGACACAUCAUUGUAAAACUAUACAUUUUAAAUUUAUUUUUCUUAGUCAAUUGAAAGUCAUUUUUGAUUUAUUUUUUAAUAUUUCUAGUUUUAUUUAAAUCUAUCAUCAGUGGUUGGUCUAUUGUAUAUUAUUAUUUUUUUUACAAAAUAAAUCUAAAUAAAAUAAUUUAUGUAUUAAUAUUUUGUUUAUAUGCAUUUUUGUUUAUAUUUAAAGUAAAGUUGAUUAAUUAGCAUUUUACCAUAUUUAAAUUAACACUAUUAUUUUAUAGAUAUCAGACGAACAGUUGAUGAAAAUAUUUUUGAACGAAUAACUAGUUUUAUUAAACAAUGUAUGACAAUAGAAGAAAAACCAAAUAUUUUAAUGCUACAAUUAUUUCUCUCUUUAGCAAAUUUUCUUUGUUUACUUGAAUCUGAGGUACCUCAAUUUAAUAAUGAAUAUAAUAAAUUAUGGUAAUUUUAAUAUUGUAAUAUAUUGUUACUAAAUGCUGAAUUUAUUAAUAUUUUUAUUUACUUAUUUAUGCAUAGGUCGUAUAAAUUGAAAUAUUUAGAUAAAGUUAAAAAUAUAGCUUCAGAACUCAGUAGUGAUAUUAAUCUACUAAAUAAUGAACAAUUUGUUAAUGCUUGUUCAUUAUUUUAUAAAGAACUACAAUGGGCAGAUGAUAAAAUAGUAAAUCAACUAUUAAACUAUGAAGCAAACAACACUAUUUUGAACAAACUUUACAGUUUAAGUCAACAUGGUAAUUAUAAUAAUUACGCUAUACAAUUCUAUUUCAAUACAAUUUUUAAUUAUUAUAGUUUGUUAUUUUAGAUUCAAAUAAUUUGUAUCAAGAAUUAAGUUAUGAUAAGCUAACAAAAGAACAAAAAAUAAGUAUUAAAGCAAUGGAGGUAUUAUUAAAUACAUGCUUGUUUAAAGGUAAGUAUUAUAAUAACCUAUGUAAAAUUUGUAAUAUAAAAUAUUUAACUUAUAUUAAUAUUUAGCAAAUGUAUGGGAUAAUAUUUUUUCAUUUUUUUUUUCCUAUUAUUAUUAUUAUACAGACCAUUAAGAUUUUUGUCAAAUUUCUAUCAAAUUAAUCCAUUUACAUACAUAACACUAUGUAUUUGUAGCAAUUAAUUAUUAUUAUCUACUCCGCUGUAGGUCCUUGCUUUUUUGUCAGAUAGUAGACUCUAUAACACGAUUCUUAUCCAAUCUGUCCGCAGAGAUUUCCUACAAUAAUUUAAACUGUAUUUCCAGGUAAUGAGUAGUAUGCAUUCAUUAGACUAGAAGUCACAUUUUCAUAAUUAUUUUUAUCUCUGUUAAAGCAUAGUUUAUAGGAUAAUGUAAUAACCCAAAUUUUUAAAUUUAUGAGAAUACAACUUUUUAUGUUUGUGAUAUUGAAUUAUUGACUAAAAAACCAACACCAUUGACAUACCUACUACCACUAGUUUAUCCUAAUCAACUUAAACAAAAUUGUUUUAUAAUUACCUGAUUUGACACUACUCAGCUAUCUUACUUAAUGCAUUGCUAUAAUUGGCCAUUUCAUUGAUUAUUAUUUUUAAAGCUUCUGGCUUGAACAAGUUUUUAUGUUUUAUAUUUCGAUCCUUAAUGCUUUAAUGUCCUUUUCCAGUUUGUUUCAUGAUGUGACUGUACUGAGAUUUGGUUUUUAGGUUUUAUAAUGGUAAAAAAUCAUAAUUAAUUUUACUUAAAACUUUAGUAAACCUUUGUAAAUGUUGACUGAAUAAUGAAAAACAAUUUCCCUAUAAUAUAUAAUUUCUCUUAUAAUUACAACUUCUCACUUACAAUAAUAACCUACCCAAGAACAGUAUCAGUAUUUUUUCUAAAAUUAUAUAAUAUAUUUUUUAGGUCCUAUUUUAAACAAAAAUAAGGUUGUAAUUGAUAUAAUAAUUUAUAUUUUUUCAGGUCAAAUUUUAAGUUAUCAAACUUCAUUUUUAGAAAUAUUGAUUCGAAACUUUAAAGAAUUAGAAGACUCAAUGUAUCGACCAUUAAUUUACUUUAAAGUAUUACUAUUUUAAAUUUAAAUAUGUUAAUUAUUUAAUUAAAACCUUGAAAAUCUAUCAAAUAUUCACUUACUUUUAUUUUGUUAAUAUAUGCUGGGAAUUAUUUGUGAAUUUUUUUAUUUUAUUUAAUCACACAACUUACUUUAAAUUUUAAAUUGCUGUAAAUAUAUUUUGUUUUGUUUUACUUAUGUAUCAUAACCAUUUUACACUAUUUUUUUUUUUGAUCAAUCUUUGAUUAUAUUUUUGUAUACUAACCCAAAUAAUAAUUUUUUUCUUUUUCAGCUUACCAAUUUUCUUCAAAUAGUUUUGAAUUUGGAUAAUUUACCAAUAGAUAUAAUAAUCCAGAUAAAUAAGUUUAUUAAGCAACUAGCAAAAAAUUGGUGUUACCAUCAAGAAAGUUUUGUUCGAAUAACUCAACUUUUGCGUAGUAAAAUUAAUAAUUAAUUGUUGUUAAAUAAUUUUUAAAUGCGUAGAAAUUAUAUGCAUUUAAAAAAUGUAUGUUAUAUAAUAUAAUAAAGUUGAUAUUUAAUAAUUUUAGAUGCUCUUAAAAUAAUAACUAAGAAUAAUACAAAUGAAGUUUGCACUACUAAUCUAUUAAUGAUGAUUUGGUCAUUACAAAAAAUAAUAAAUAGUAAAAAGUGUGGACCAGUUAUGAUUUGUGCUUUUAUUGAUUUAUUAGGCCAUUUUGCAUAUGUAAGAUUACAAUGUAAUUAUAUAAACUUAACUUUUAACUAUAUUUAAAUUAAUUACUUAGAAAAAUAAUGGAAGUUUUGGUGCAACAUGGAAUGUUAAUAUUAAUAUGGUAAAACCUAUAAAUCCAAAAAAUAUUUUAUGUUACAUAAAUAGUCCUUUUCUUCAGGUGUGUAAAAUAUGUAUUAAUACACAUUACACAUUUUAAAUUGUUUGUAUAAUUAAUGUUUUAUCCAAUAAUAAUUUACAGGUGAGAAUCGCUGUUAUUAAGUAUAUUAAAGUUAUGUGUAAUAAUUAUGAAGAAAAUCCUAAUACAUAUUCAAUAAACUAUGACGAUAUGUUUAAUAUUAUAUUGAAAAAUCUUCAUGAAGGAUUUAUUGUAGAUGUAAGUUUCUACUUUUCAUAUGCAGUAAUAUUAUACUUAAUUUGAAUGAUUAUUUUAUAGUCUGAUAUCAGUGAAGAAGAAUAUGAUGAUGAAUACACCAAUAGAAUUUCCACAUAUUUGUUAUAUAUGCAAACAUUACUUAUAUCCAGUACCAAAUAUAGGCAAAAAUCUUUAUUUGAAAUUUUCCAAACAGUUAAUGAUAAAAAAAUUGACUUAAGUUAGUAUUUGUUUUGAUAAAAUUAUAAUUACUAUAUUUUAUUUACUAUUGAUUUAUGUAUAUUUAUUUUACUUUACAUUAUUAUAUUUUAGAUUUAGUGAUCAGUUUGUUGAAAGGAGUGGCAAUUGAAUUAAAAAUAAAAUCAUAUAUGGUUUUAUUAGAAAAUAAUUUAAAUUUCUUAUUAUGGAAUUGGCAUCUUAAAUAUACUACAUUUAAGGUAAUGUUUUCUGAUACAUAAAAUAAUAUAGGUACUUUUUUUUGUAUUAACUAUAAGUUUUACCUAAUUUAUUUAGGAUUUUCCAAUUAAUUUGUUUUCUUGCCAAACAGUAGAACAGUUUUAUAAAGAAUAUGAUUUUGAAAUAAUUCCCAUUUUAGUAAUAAAAAAUGAUUUGGAUUUAUUAAAUUCAAAGACUACUAUUUGUAAAAUAGUUGAAGUAAGUUUUUUAUUAUUGUUAUUUUUUUGUUAUUUCAUACCUACUAGAUUUGAUAUUUAAUAUUUGUAUAAUACAUUUAUUUGAAUUAUUUGAUUUAUUUAUAGGAACACUUUUCUGUUAUAUAUUCAUAUAUGUUAGCUAUUGAAAUUGGAAAUGUACCUUUCCUUAAUCAUAAUGAUAUUAAAAAUUGUAUUGAAAAUAUUUUAUCUCAGGCACAUUUUAAUGAACUAACAAGGUCUCAGUUCCCUAAUAUUUUAUUAAAAUGUAUUCAAAUGGUUGUCAUUAAUACUGAACAGCCAAUUAAUCCAAUACAAAUCAACAGCGAUCAAUUUUUAAAUAUUAUGAACAUUUUUCAAGUAAACAAAUUUACAUAUUUAUGUACUUAAGAUAGUAUUGUCACUCUUAAUUAGUGAAUUCAAUAUUUUAUAAACUGGAUAUUCAGAUUGAAUACAGACUUAUUAAUAUUGUGAAAUUAAAAUAAUAAUAAUAACAAAAACAUAGUAUUUAUAUUCUAUGAAAUGGAAAAAUAUUUAUGAUAUUUUGUUAAUUAAAACUAAUAUCUAUGCAUAAAAUGAAACGUUAUAGACAAUAUUGUAAAUAUUUUUUCAUUUAUUUAACAAUUAUUUAAUAUAAAGAAAUUUAAUGCUUUAUUUAUAUUUAAAAAGUAGUAUUUUGGUAAACAUAGUUUGAGUUUCAGUAUGAUUUUAUAAAGUACAUAAAUAUUGCUUAUCAUAUAAUAUUAAAUACUUUCCUACAUUUUCCCAAAAUUAAAAUAUGGUUUAAAUAUUGUUAAUAUAAAACUAUUUUAAAUUAAAUUUAUGUAUUAUGUUUCAAUAACCAAUUACAUUUAUUAAAAUAUACUUGAGUUAAUACAUUUUUUUUAAAUACUUAUUAUAUUUUCAAAAUCAGAAGAUAUAAAUACGUAUCUAGUAUCUUGCUUUUCCAAUAUCAUAAGUUUUGUUUACUUAUAACUCAAGUGUCUAUAUUCCUUUUCUUUUCAAUACACAGCCAUAUGUAUUGUCUUGUCUGAGAUAUUACUUUUCAUAAUAAAAUCGUCUUUUCUAAAUAUAAUCGGAAGUGAUGGACAAUUAAAAAUUUUAAAUUAUACAAAAUAUUUUAUCUUUCUAUAAAUAAUAUUGCAUAUUCUAUUUAAGUCUGACAAUCUGAAUAUUCAAUCGGUAAGUAAUAAAAAUAGUGAAUUUAAUAAAUGGAAGUGUCAUAGGAUGAAAAUAGGAUUAAGUAAAAUUGGAUUAUGUAGAGAGAAGUUUCAGGUUUUUUAUAAUGUAACAAGAGGAUUUCAAUAAGACUUUAGAAGAAAAGAAGACUGAUAAAGAGGUGGAUGAAUGUGAUUGAUGAUAUGAUAUGAGGAUGGCAGAUGUAUGCAAAGACGAGGUGGAAGAUUGAGUCCAAUGGAAGUUUAGAACGAGGGUGGCGGAUUCCAAAUAAUUGUGAUGAAGGCAAAGGAGAAGAAGAAGAAGCGGAGGUGGCAUAUACCUACCUACUAUAAAAUAUUAAUAUUUAUUAUUAUUUAAUUUUCCUUUUAUAUUACAUGAAUUAUAGAAUACAUUAGUGAAAAGUAAAAAUCCAUUUUUAUUAAUCAUGUCAAAUAAACAAUCAAAUUGUAUUCAAAAGAUAGUUCAUUUUUUGUAUGUAAACAUUUUCAAAAAAUCAACACCAGAAUUAAGGUAUAUAUUAUUAUGAAUAUUUGUAUUUUUAUGCUACAUAAUUAUAAUGUGUUCAUUAUUAAAUAAACAGGAUUCAGUCAUUAUUCCAGUAUUCGUUUUUCAUGAAACUUCUAUUUAAUCAAUUAUUAAAAUGUAGUGAUAUAGAUGAGUUUACAUAUUUUCUUCUCUAUCAGUCUGUACGAUCAACAAUCACUUUAAUAGAUCAAAAUUAUUUUGAAAUACAACAUGAUGUUUUAGAAUAUUUAGAAUGGUUAUUUAUCAAUACACAAAAUAUUUUAAAAUUAAAUAUUAAUCAAAUUCAAAAUUUGGUAACAUCAACAUUCAAACUACUGGUUAAAAAUAAUCCUUCAUUAAAUGAAAAAUUAUCAAAUUUAUUAAGUUGUCUUAAAAAAAUGAGUGAUCAAGAUACUAAUAAAAAAUUAAAAGAAAAUAAUACAUUAGAAGAAGACAUUAUUGAUUUUCUUUCUGAAGAGAAUGAAAGCACUGAUACAAAUCAAAGUUUACAACAUAUUAAAUUAAAGGUUUGUUAUUAUAAUUAACUCUAUAAUGGAAUAAAUUAUAUUUUAAACUGAACCUUACUUAUUGUUAUUAUCAUUGGGUUUGAAAUUCAAAUACUAUGUAAAAAUAACUAUUUUGCAAUUUUAUUUAAUUUGUUUAAAUUUUGAACAUAACUAUUUUUAAAAUUUGUACCAAUUCUAAUUGAUACGGUUAUAAUGUAAUCGGUUUAUUAUUUAUUUCUUAUGUACAAGUAAUAUAUACAGGGUGAUUCACUAAGCGCGCUCAUCACAUUUUUUUGAUUAAAUUGGUGUUGACACCAACAUUCAUUUUAAGUAAUACUGCGUUCCAUUUGUGGAAUUUUGAAUAUAUACGUUUUCAUUUGAAAAACCAAAUACUCUGAAUACAGAAUACUUUAAAUGUUAUGAAAAUCUAAGUUUUUGAAGAUAUCAGCUUAAACUACACUUAAAAAUUCCAAAAAUCAGAAUUUUAAUAAAUGCACAAUUUAACCAAAAAAAUCAGGUGAGCACAAUUAGUGAAUCAUUUUGUGUUAUAUAUAUGUAUGUAUACAAUUUAGAAGAUGUAAUACGAAUAAUAUCUGAAGUAACUUGUUCAAUAUUUUUAAGUUUAUUUUUUUUCUUAAACUAAUUAAACAUUUUUUUUACAUAUAGCCAUUUCAUAAAUAUAUUUUAAAACAGAAUUUUGGUGUAAAAACCAUAAACAAACUUACAAAUAUUUAAUAAUAAUAAAUAUUUUAGUUUCUAAUCAUUUGAUUGAAAUUUACAAAAAUUAUUUUUCAUGUAAAUUAGGCAAAUUGAAAGAUAUUUAGUAAUAACAAUAUAAACAGUUGUAAACAUUUUUGUAGAAAUUUAACAAUUCAUCAUUUGUACAUAUUUGUAGCACCAACAUUUUAUUUCAAAAUAUAUUUGUAAAAUAGAUCUUGGAUUUUGUAAACAUUUUAAAAAUUGUUUUUAUUUUAAGUUUUUAAUAAAAUAUAUAAAAUAGAGGAAUAUUCUAAAUUAUUUAAUUAUUAUAAGAAAAAAAACUUAAAAAUAUUGAAUAGAAAUAAAGUUAUUUCAGGUGGUCCGGAUCACAUAGAUUCUUGAUCGGACUACCCCCAGAAUUUUGUCUAAAUAUAUAAAAAAAAAAAUUUGUCCCAAAUUCCUCCUCCCAAAAGUGUGUCUAAAAAUUGUAAACCUACAUAAUUUUAUAUUACACUUUUUAAUUAAAAUAGUUCAUUAUACAUUAUUUUCUAUUUUGUAUAUUUAUAGAAGAAAAUCGCUGUAACAUAAAAUUCUGUACACUGUGUAUUAUAUAUUAUUUUUUUAGAUGUCUAGAUGUGUUUGAAUAGUUAACAAUGCAGUUUUUUAUUUGUAUUUAUUAUUCAUUAUAUUAUCUUUUAAAAUUUAAAUUCAACAAUUUAAAAUGAAAUAUAUAUUUUUGAUUUUAGUGUGCAUAUUUUGCAAAUUUCUCAUCCUUAUUCAUAAGCAUUGGUUAACCCAAAAAAAAUUUAAAAAAAAUAUACAUUAUUGGUGCUUUUGCAAUUAAAACUUUAAAUAUUUAUAAUGUGCAAAUAGUUAUAAUUUAUUUAAAUUAAAUUUUCUAUAAUAAUUUAAUCACAAAAUUAAAUAACGAGCUUUUAAUUUUUUAGGUGAAUAGGUUGUGUAUUGAAAAAAGUAUAAGUAUUUUACAAAUAUUGCAGAGAAUUUAAUUAAAAAUAUAUUACUCUGUGCCUCUUGCCUAAUAUAAAUAUUUUCGCCCAAAAUUCCAAAAACACCCAUUUUUUACUUUGAAUUUUUUGAGUAAUGUCUUAAGUAAGGUUGACCAAUUACUACAGAUUUUUUGUUUUUAUAGUUUUGAACAAAUUAAAUGGAUAGCUUGAUUACAUUUAUUAUUUAAAAAAUAAUAUGAACCACUCUGAUAUAUAUAUUAAAUUUAUACAUGAAUAAAUUUUAAUUUUUUUUUCUACAGCUGAAAAUAAAUGAACAACUUCUUCAAAAUAUGUAUGAAGAACUUCAAAGAAUGCGAGGAUUCUCAGAAGAUUGUGUCAACAGUAUUUUACAUCGUUUUAUUUGUAAACUUAUUCAUCUUUCAAAAAGUAGUGACAGUGAAGUAUGUAGUCUGAGUAUAAUAUUUAAUAAUAACUUAUUAAAAUUUAUUUAAAUUUAAUUUCUGUUUCAAUAUUCUUUAUAAAUUAAAUAUUCAAUGGUUUGUAAAUUGGGUUUUAAACUUAAGGGUUUGUAAACUGAUAUGUAUUAGAUAAAAUCAGAAAUAGAAUGUUGUUUAAUUAAAUUUAACUAUGGUAUUUUUAUAGAAUUUUCUCUGAAAGUAGAUACUAUUGUAUAUUGAAAUCUGCAUUGUAUUUAGAUAUAAUAUAUAGUAUGUUCCUGAUAAUUAUAUCUACACAAAAUUUAUUAUAAUAUAUCAAAUUAUCCAAUAUAUAUUAACUUUAAUAUUAAAGAUAAAAUUUAUUUUUGAUGAAUUUUUGAAUAGCGGCCACCUAUUUUGUUGUAUUGUGUCUGUUAUAUAUAAGUAUUUAUAUUUCCCCUAUAAUUUUGGAAAGUAUUGUAGUUGGAUUGUAAUAAAAGUUGGUUGAAUUUCAGCUUGUUACAGAAGAGGGAUGUCUUUUUAGGAUAUGAACAAAUCUACAGACUCCUAAAUGAAGCUAUGAGCAUUAAAGUGUGUAUUUACUUGGUGUUCUAAUCAUGGAUGUGCCUACCAUUUUUAUGCUCAAAUUUUACCAUUUUUUUGGGGGGGGGGAAAUAUUAUAGUUGUAGCAUAGUAUAGUGUUUUAUAGUGUAGUAUUUUAAUAGUUAUUGUUUUACAAAGAAUGUUUCUAUAAUAAUAAAUAUGAGUAGGGGAGGGAAUUUGACUCCAGUAACAAAGCUCUGCUGUUCAUAGAUGUUUCUCCUUUUCUCAUUCUAUUUAAAAUACAAAUUAGUAAAUUCCCGAGCAAUAUGCAUAAUAUCCUAUAAAAUAAGUUCAAGUCAGUAUUCUUUUUUAACUGUUAUGACUAAGGAAGGGAUUUAUAUGUAAAUGUAUAUUUUUAUUAGGACAAGAUAUUUAAGAUUUAAUAAGAAAUGUUCACGAUUUAAAUCAUUCAUAUAAAAAUGACAACAAAUUUAUUUUACAUAUUUUAACUAUUUCACAAAUUCGUAAAUAUUUGUUUACAUGUUUUAUAAUUUCAUCAUUCAUAUGUUUUCAAACCAUUUCGCAGUGAACAAAAACAGCUAUUCAUCGGUAUAUUGUCGAUUUAUUUUUUUAUUUAUUAUCUUGUACAUACUUUCUAGCCUUCUUUCCAUGCAGUGCUUUCCUUGUGUGUAAUAUGUCUUAAUCUUGUAUUUAAUAUAAUUAAUAUAUUUAUAUAUGAUUAACAAUUGAUGCUAUACUAUAGCAAUAGAUCUUUAUAAUUAUUAGUAAGUGUUUGGCUGUAAUCGUAAUUGUACAUACCUUCACAAAAUUUAACAAUUUUUACUCUAAUUGAUAUAAUAUUUUUGAUAUUAAUACUUGAAAAUGCCAAAAAUUAGUAAAACCAUUUCAUCAAAAGUUUUUCAAUAUUUUAAUAAAUUUUUGUUGGUAGCUGCUGAAUUUUAUUGUGAGCACUUUUCAAAAAUACAAAAAAUUAUUUCAAAAUUAGAUCCAGAAAGUUCUAUGGCUAUUUGAAAAGCUCAAAAUAUUAUGCAAAAUAAAACAUUGAAAAAUAAUUUAAUUUUAAUCACAUUGAAUUUUAGUUUUAUUGCACGCACAAUUAUAAAAUUAGAAACAAAAAAUAUGUCCUUAAAUGAAAGUAUACAAAUUGUUGAAUCAGCGAUAGAAAAAUUAAAACUCAUAAGCGGACAAAUAGAAAUUUUCAUUCACACUCAACCACUCAACUUUUCAGUUUUUUUCUUCCCCUCUUUUUUUUUAUUUCUUUAUUUUGCAUUACCUACAAAUACUACUGCUUCUGAUUCCUUUAUCUUAUUAAUAAUUAUUAUUUUAUUAAAUUAUGUUAUAGGUUCAAAUUUUAGCUGCCAGUUGUUUAGGUAUAUUGGGUCCAGCUGAUCUAACUACACUUAUAUUACAACCAGAACCUAAAAUAUUAAAACUAGAAUCAAAUAUUUCACCAGAAUAUUCUUUCAUAAAACAUAUAGUUGUGAUGCUUUUAAACUAUUUAAGUGACAGUAAUAUUUCAGUUAUGGAGGCAAGUAAUAUAACUUUGUUCAAAAUCAUAGCAACUAGAGAAGGUCAAUCUUUAUAUGGUAAUAUAACAUUUAAUAAAACUUUUCAAUAUUUUCUUUACUCUAAAUUAUGCAUGUAAAAUUUUUAGAACGAUUAGGUAAACGUAUGUUGUAUCCAUUUAAAGAAUUACAUAUAGAAGACCAAGAUGUUGAGUUGUCAUUUAAUAUUGAACAAUUUAAUUUAAUAAUUGAUGUUGACCAAAUUUGGUGUCCAAUAGAUUUAUCAAUCUCUUAUAAUAAGUGGCUAACAAGUUUAACCAAACAAUUAUUAGAAACACUUCAAGGCUUUUGUAAAAGUGUAUUGCCUAUUGCAGAAAACAAGGUGCAUAUGUAUUAUAAAUGUCAAUAUUUAUUUAUUUUUAGCCCAAUACCCAUAAUAUUAACUAUUGUUAAAUUUUAUUUAGCCCAUGUUUUGUGAAAAUAUUUUACCUCAUCUAAUUUAUUUUCUUCUUGGCAAACCAUCUACAAGAACUAUAAUUAACAAACAUAUAAAUUGUUUUUUUAUUAAACAUAAUGAAAUUGAAAAAGAAAAGAGAUCUAAGAAGAUAAGUUCAAAUGUUUGUCAUGGUAAUCUAUAAUAAGAAUUUUUUUUUAUUUAGAUAUUACCUAUAGUAAAACUAGAUUUAGUUUAUCUGUACGUAUACACUUCUUAUUUUUCUUAAAUAUGUUAUAGUCUUAAUUAUGUAAAAUUUGAUUUAUUUUAUAAUUAAUCUAAUAAACUAAAAAAACAAAAAUGUAAUAUAUUUUGAAACUAUGUAAAGCAUAACAAAUAUUUUAAUUUAAAUUUAAAUUUAUUUUUAGUAUAAACGUUUAUAAAGUCUAUAAUUUAUAUGUUAUCAUUUACUUAUUUAUUAUGUUAGUUAAAUGUGUUAAUACCGUUUCAAAAAAUUAAACAUUAAUAUAAAUAAUAACUAUUAUUAAUAUUACUUAUUUAUUUUUGUUUACAGCUUCUGAUUUGUGUGAAAACAUUUAUUUUAAUAAAUCAGCUUUACAGUGUCUUUUGAAUAUCGUCAAUUUCAUCAGGCAUCAACAGAAAAAUCCUUUACAGUAAUUUUUAAUAUUUACAUCUUUUGAUUUUUUGAGUGUAUUAGGAAUUAUAUAGAUCUUUUAUAGUAUAGUAGUGUCUCGUUAAUCCCAAUGGGUUUGGGGAAAAGCGCUAUUCAGAUUCUCGAUUUGUUCGAAUUACCUGCGACUUUUAAAAAUAAAUAAAUUUUCUUGCAAUUCAAACCUAAAAAUUAAUUUUUAUCUGUAAUUAAUAAAAACAAACCAUACAAUAAAAAUUAUUAUUGUAUUAAAUUACAUCCAUACUGAUAUAAAAUAUUGUACCAACAAUUUUCUUGAGGAAUUUUAAGUAUAUUUGAUUUCUGUUUUUUUUUUAAAUUUAAUUUUACUUUUAUUUUUCAAAUAGGAAUCCUUUUCGAACACAGAUUUGAAUAGAGAUUGAAUUAGAAAUUUUGAUAGUCAUAAGACUUAUAUCAGAUUUACCGCUUAUGAGUUAUUUCCGUUUAAAGUUUAGACUGGAGGAGUAAGGUAAAAUGCAAUCAUACAAUUUAUUACCAUUCCCUAUUCCUCCAGUCUAAACUUUAAAUAGCUAUACUUAUAACAAAUAAAAAUUAAAUUUGAUAUUAGUGUUAUGCAUGUCAACAUUUCUAGAAAAAUAUUAUUUUUUAAAUCUUAUGUUCAAAAAGGGGCAUUCAUAUUUAAAAAAAAAAAAAAAGUUUACUUAUUUAAAGUAUAUGGAGUAGGGGUGAAAAUUAAAAAUGGUUUUAAAAUAAAGCAUAACCAAUUCCAUAAUGAUUAAUUAAAAAAAAAAAAAAAAAAAAAAAAAAAAAAAAACAGAAAUCAAAUUCACUUAGAAUUCUCUGAAAAAAUUGCUGGUUCAUGAUAAAAAUCAUCCUGUAUAGUGCUGCAAUAAUUUUCAAACCCAUUCAGAUACUUCGACUGUUAGUCCAUGUUUGGAUUAACGAGACCCACCUGUACCUAUAACUUAUCAUUUUACGUAACUAAACCAUUUAUUUUUAGAGAACUUUUAGAUAUCAAUUACUUAUAUGUAUCCAGAGCUGCUCAAUUUUGUUCCGCUCAUUUUACUUCAAUUCUAUACUUAGAACUUUGGUGUGACAAAGAAUUUAAGUAAGUUUUGAUUUUCAUAUAUACUUAUCAAAUGUUAAUUAUCUUCUCUUUCCUCUUUAAUCCAAUCUCCCACCUCUCAUAGACUUGCUGUUCUUAUUUCAUUCUUAAUCCAAUCCAACCACUUCUUUUUCAGUCUUCUCUUCCAUCAUUUUCUGCUAAAUUUAUUUUCAUUUCAAUUCUUAUUGCUUUGAAUUCCUCUCUCCCUGUGACAUGUCCAAAUCAUCUCAGUUUAUAUUCUCUCUUUUUGCCAAUCAAAGCCACACCUAAACUAACUCUUAUGUACUCAUUCUUUAUGCCAUCUUUACUCAUCCUUUUAAGUCUUAUCUCUGCUUAUACCCAUUCUCAGUUUAAUUUUUAUGUCUACACUAUCCAACAUUCUGAGCCAUAAAACAUAAUAACAUAAUUUCAUCACACUUUUGUAGAACUUAACUUUGAGUCUCAUUUGAAUUCUCUUGUCACAUAAAACACCUAAGCUUCCACUUUAUCCAACCACACUUAAUCCUAUGUUUUUCAUCCUCACUAAAGCAACUGUUAUUUUGUACAAUAGAUACUUUACUUAAAACUCUCAAUUUCGCCUAUAAGUACUUAUUGUCAUUAGCUGUCUUGUCGUGUUCUUCCAAACUCAUUCUCUGUUUUGCUUCUACUUAUCUUUAGUCCUAUCAAAGCUAUAUCAUCUACGUAUAUCAUCCACCAUAGUAACUUUUUUCAUUUGUUAUCCUUGCGCACAUUUGAGAUUAAACAAUCCGUAUAGGUAUGUUUAAACUCAUAAUAUUUGAAAGAAUUUACACAGGUUGUCAACCUGAUGCAAUCCCACUUGUUGUCUCUUAUGACAGAUUCACAUGGGAAUCACCUCCCACAGGGAGAAUGGUACUAUCAACUAUAAAGUGAAUUCCUUCCUCCACAGAAAUAAUACCUUACCCAUGCCUACUGGAACCACACAAUGAAUUAUCCUUAUUGAAGUUAUUCCCGUCCAUAAAAAUGACAAUGUCUUUCACUCUAAAUGGAAAUUGGCCAGUAAAGUAGUCAUUAAAAAUAAUUUUAAAAUUUUACAAAAUAGGACCCAGGAAUGGACUACUUAAACAUUAUUCAUUCAUAUUUUAUUAUUUAUGACAUAACUUAAAUUACAAUUUUGCUUCUUACUUUAUUUAUUAAUUCAUUUUAAAAAAUGAUGUAUAGGUUAUAUUAUAUUAUAUAACUUAUACUAUUUGUCUGUAUAUAAAUUGUUAUUGAAAACUAACCUAAUUUACGUUUAGAAUUAUUAAUUAAAAUACAUCCCUUGACACACUAAAAAUCUAAAGUUAUUAAUAUUGUAAUUUUAAAUUUAGGAAGAUGGAGAAAGAUCAUUGUUCAAUGACAUUUAAUCCAGUAGAUACGAUUACAGAAAUGUUACGUGAUGAUGGUCUUUUGUUGCAAUCGAUUCUCAAUGAAGUUUGUUUAAUUAAUAUAUAUUAUUAUUAUUUAAUAUAUAUUAAAGCAAUGGUGGCUUAAAUCAAGUCUGGCACACCAAAUUGUAUCUACCAACAACUAAUACAUUAUCCUGUAGAAGUAUUUUAAAUUGUAGCACUUGCAUGUAAAAAAUAAGGCUUUCUUUAAAAAUAAUUUUAGUCUCUAUUUUAAUUUAAAAUACUGUGCAUUUUAUAAUAAUAAACUAAAAUGAAGCCUACAAUUAAAGAUAUAUUAUAACUACCUUUAAUUGAAGUAUAGAUACUUAUCAACAAAUUGUGUAUUAAGUGUAAUACAUAAUAGAUAAUACACAAUCUAAUAUACAAUAGAUAAUUUGGUUAAUAUGUAUGAAAAUUAAAUCUAUAGGCAAAAGAGAAAAUAUGGCAUACACGAGUGAUUUAUUUUUAAACACUGAAUAAUAAAUUGUCGCAUUUAAAAAAAUAAUUCAAAGUAGAACUACAUAAUAAAAAUAUUGACAAUUGUUUUAAUUUAUGUAUGCGUUUUUUCAAUCUUAUUAUCAAACUUAAAAUUGUCUUGAAUUGAAUAUUAGAAUAUAUAUUUAUCAUAUAAUAAUAUAGUUUUAUUACACAUAUAAAUAAAUUGAAGUCAUUAUUACUAUAAUAUAUGUUUAUUAUAUAAUAUGUUAAUAUUUAUUAAAAAACAUAAGUACAAUUUAUUUUAUUUCCAAAAUGUAGUCUUAUAAAAGCAUUGGAGAUCCUGAUGCUGUUGAAGGAUGUGGCUCAAGUUAUCUCCUUAGUCUUUCUUCUCGUACUCAAUAUUAUCAGUUAAUUAGAAAAUGGGACCGUGUUAUGGAAAACUGUGAUUUACAGCAAACUUCAAAUAUAGUUCCUCAAGGUUUGUUGUAUACUAUAUUUCGAUUACUAGUAACAUACCAUAUAUAUCUUUCAUAUUAAAUCAAUUAAAAGUAAAUGUAUAUACCAAAUUUAAUUAAUUUUUCUAUAUUAUUUAUUUAAUAUAAUAUAUAAAUUUAAGUAUUUUAAAUAUUUUCUUUGUAUUUACACUUAUUUAAUACUUAUUUUCAGAUUAUUUAGAUGCAUUGUCUAAUUCUGGAUUACAAAAUAUUGCUCACAUCAUGGCUUCCAAUAAUGAUAGUUCAAAAUAUGAUUAUUGUUGGCAAUUAGAUAAAUGGGAUUUACCAGAUAAUGGUGAUCAAUCUUUUGAAGCAUUACACUAUCAUUCUUUGCGAUAUGUACAUCAGAAAAAUACAGACAGUGCAAUUUCAAUGAUUAGAGAAGCUAGGCUUGUAGUUGUCAAUUAUAUUUCAUGUGCGAGUUUAGAAUCAACAGCAACUAUUUAUAGUCCAUUAGCUAAACUUAAAAUGAUUGAAGUGAGUGUUAUAUAACAGUUAAAAAAAAAAAAAAAAAAUAGUACAAAACUACAAGUUAAUUGUGUAUGUUAUAAAUUUAUAAUGAUUAUUAAUUAUAUUUAAGGACCUUGAGGAUUUUAUUUCUAUGCCAGAUAGAAAUACGUUAUUUGAAAAUUGGUUAAAUUGUAAAACCUUAAGAUCAAAUGAGUUUAUACACAUUAAUAAAAUACUUUCUCAACGAGCUAAAUUAUUAGAGAUCCAUGGUGAUAGCAGAUCUGGCAUUAUAAAAUUAAAUAUAGCAGAAGUGGCCCGAAAAAAUGAUUGGUUGCAAGAAGCUGGCCGAAAUCUUGCGUCAGUUGUGUCUUUAAAAAAUGAUCAAAAACAUACUAUUUUAUGGUCAAAAGUGGAAGAAGCUAGACUAUUAUGGCAGAGAAAUGACAGUCAUAUGGCAAAGUAAAAUUUAAUUAACUGAAUAUUUCUAACAUUUCUAAUAAUUUAAUUUUACAGAGUUUUAUUAAAAUCUGUAGUUGAAGAACUUUAUAAUUAUGAAUAUCCUUUAUUACAUUCAUUGGCAUUACAACUUUAUGGAUCUUGGAUAGAAGAAACUAAAUCAGAACCAGCCAGUGACAUAAUAAGAAAAUAUUUCCAAAAAGUAAAAUAAAUUAUACAUACUGAGAAAUUAUACUUAAAGUAUUUAUUUUUAUUAUUAUUAUUGUGUUUCCUUAUAACUUGAUUAAUAGGUUUUUUUUUCUAAAAUGUCAUUCUUUAUAUACUUAUAUUAUCAUAAUUUAAUGAGAAACAACUAUAAAAACUAUUAUAUAUUCGUAUAGAUUUUUUUUUAACCCAAGAAUUUGGCUGGCUCUGAAUAGCAAUUAAACUCUUUCAUUUAGUUUUUAAUUUUCAUAUAAUAAAGAAUGAUUCUCGGAUAUUUAACAAAUUUACAAAUGCUAUAAUUUUUGUUUUUUUAUUUUAGUUUUUUUUUUCAAAAAAAAUGUAUUUAUUGAAUAUGAUUAUAUUUAUUAUUUUGAAGUUAUUAUUUAUUAAUUGUGUUUAUUUAUUAUUUACUCGAAAUAAUGAAAAAAUUUGUAUAAAUGUUUAAAAACCGAAAAAUUGUAGAUAAUGAACAAUUCAAAUAUGUAACACCAAUAUGUUGUUUUAAAAUCCUAUGUUUAUUUAUUAUCCCAUGGGGUUUUGUAAAAAAAAAAAAAAAUUAUAAAAAUUUAAGAAUCAUAGUGAAUGAUUAUUAUUGUCUAAUAUAACAAAACAACAAAACAAAAAUAUUGACUAGAACAAAAGUUAUUGCAUUUGUUAAAUCUCAAGGAAUACUAGUUGUAUCCUAAAUAUAUAUUUAAAUUAGAACGAUUUAAUUUAUUCAUUAUUUAACAAAUUUAUAAUUCGAUAUAUUUUGUUUUACAUUUUUAUUUAGUCUAUUGGAAAUUUACAACAAGAAUCAAUUGAUAAAAAAGAGUUUGGAUUAGAAUGUAAAAAAGUAUUAUCUGAAGCUUACAAACAUUUAUCUCAAUUUACGGAUACAUUAUAUCAACAAUUAUCUAAGUACUUAAAAACAGAAGCUAUUCAGAAACGUAUAAAUGAAGUUGAAAAUGAUAAAAAAAAAGGGAAAGAUUUAUUGGAAUCAGCAAGAUCAACAAAGGACAGUGAAAAACUGAAAGCUGGUGUUUAUUUAAUGAACCAAUGUAAUAUCGAUAAAAGUGACAUAAAUAACAUAAAUGUUGAAAAGACUAGUUAUUUAAAAAUUGCACUUCAGUAAGUAUUGUUACUGAAAUAAAUAUUUAGUGUUUACUAAAAAUUAUAUUUAACAUUUUUAUGAAUUUUGAGUUACACAGCAGGUAACUCAAAUUAAUUUUUAAUUUUGCUUGACAUAAUAAUAUGGACAUCAUAAAUUUUAUAAAGAAUUUAUUCUACUUUUCUAAUAUUAUUUGAUAUUAUUUAUUUUAUAUAUAUAUAUAAAUUUAUAUAAAAAAAAUGUUCUGUAAACAAUAAAUAUUUAUCUAACUAAUCUAUUCAAUACAGUAAUAGCAUUGAAAAAUACCCGUAAGCAGCAGAGCUCCGCACUAGAAUCAAAUUGCAAUUAUAAUAUUUAAUUUUAAUAGUCUAUCCGAAAUUGUAAUAGUUAUCAGAGUUUCUCACAGAUAUUAAUAAUAUUAACUUAAUGUACUUAAAUAAAUUAAAUUUGUAUUUAUUUGUAUUCACUAAGCAGCCAUUGACCUCAUUUACCUCCACCCCCACUCUAUUUAAGCUCUAUUAUUAGCUCUUCCCUCUAAAAGUACAUGUUUGACAACAAUGUAUAAAUACAAAUUAUAACCCUAUUACUUAUUUUGAUAAGUUUGUUGGAGUAUUUAAAAUUUGGUAUUUCCUGUGAAAACAUGACAUUUGAUCAUAAAUAUGGUUGAGGAAGGGGUUGAAAGUUGAAAGCUCCAAAAAGAACAUCAUUGAUACUUGCAUUAUGUAUAUACAACAUUUUAUCAUCUUGGUUUCAUUAAGGGAGUUUGUAGAGGUGUAUAAUGAUAAAAGAAAUAACCUCUCUCAACAACAUCAAAAAAUUCAUAUUGAAAUUCAACCAAAAUUGUACCAUAUAUAAUAUAACAGAUUCAGUAUAGUGUAAUAAUCUCUUUUUCCAGGGAAAACUUGACAUGCUUAAUAUAUAAACUAUUAAAUUAAUAAAUAUGUUAAAUUAAACUCAAACUCUAGACCACUAUAAUAUUUGUUUUAUGUAAUUUUUAGAUUUUAUAAUUCUAAAUAGUAUUUUAAUAAUUAAAAUUGAAAAUUAUGUAUUUAUAAGUUUUAAUUUUUGUCUUAAUAACUUAAUAUUGUAAGUAUUAAAAAUCAUAAAUAUGGUGUUAUUAAAACAAUUUUUUUAUCUACUUCUGACCUUUAGUACUCUUUUAAAGUUUCACCUUCAUUCAUGAACUUGUAAUUUAUUGAUAUCUUCUAUUUUAUCCAGUCAUCUCUUUCUAGUCUCCCACAAAUAUUUUCACAUACAUAACCAAGCCAUUGAAUUUGUGUUGCCUUCCAAAACUGGUGACUGUGUUAAUUUCUUUUCUUUCUGUUAUACCCAAUUUUACUUUAUUUUCCGUGCACUGAUUCUGUUAUCAUCUAUAGAACAAAAAAUUGCUCUCCAUACUGAGUUCUCAAAUUAUUUUAUCCUCCUUAUACAUUAUUACCUUAUAAACCUUAUGAUAGUAAAAAGUAAAUACAAUUGUUUUUAACAAUUAAUUUAUAUAUUUUGAAUGAUAUUAAUCAUACAUAAAUAAUAAUUAUUAUUUAUUUGGCUUUUAUAAUAAUGUGUAUUUAUAUUAUUAAAAUAUAGAAACUAUUUACAAUUGAUGAAGUUGGAUGAUGAAAGUGAACUUCCUAUUUAUAGAAUCAUAUCUUUAUGGUUGGAAAAUAAAGAAAACAAUGAAAUAAAUACAAUGGUUGAUAAAGAAUUGAAAAAUAAUUCUUCUUAUAAAUUUAUUACUGUCCUUCCUCAGCUAGUUCCUCAUUUAAGUGUUUCAUAUGAACACAAUUUUCACAAAUCUUUGGAAAAUCUUAUAAGUAUACAAUUAUUUAUUAUUGUUUUAGUUUAAAAAUAUUUAUAACUUAUAUUCAUUAAUCAUUAUAGAUCGUUGUGCUAUAGAACAUCCAUAUCAAACCAUCCCUAUAGUUUAUGCUAUUGCCAACUCAAAUAUAGACCAUGUAUAUAUUCAAUGUAAACCAUCUACAAAUAAUGAGGAAGUAAUUUAUAUUAAAUUUAUACAAUUAUAAACAUUUAAUUAAAUGCAUAAAAGGCUGUACCAUAUUAUUAAUUAUUUUGAUUUAAAUUUUCACAUUAUUAACUUUUCUAAACAAUUUCUCCGCUAAAAUAUCUUUAUAUAGCUAUAUAUUUAAAUGGAAGCUCUGUACUUAUUACUAUUACUAAUUUAUUUUAUUAUUAUUUUUAGACGAGAGUUUUAGCUGCUAAGCGUUUAAUGUCAAAUUGGAAGACACACACAAAAAUUGGCUCUGUUGUGAUGAAUACUGAAAAAUUGUAUGAAGCAUUCAUUCAUUUGGCAUAUAAAAAAUUUCCUCGUUCAACAAAUCAACGUAAGAAUUAAUUAUUUGAAAUGUCAUAAUAAUUCAUAAAUUUAAACUUAAUUAUUUUAGGGUUAGAAAUCCCUAACAAUCAACCUUUAAUGAAAAUAAAGUUAUCUGAUAACUUUAUGUAUCCCACUGCAGCGCUACCAUUAAAUAAAUAUGGUCACUAUCAAAAUAUUAUUUGUAAGUACACAAUUUGUUUUUGUAUAAAUUAUAAAACGUAGAAAUUAAAAAGUAUAACAUAUCAGUUAUAGAAUAUUAAAAAUCAGAAAAAAUUAUAUAGUUUAUACAUUUAUAUUGCUAAGUAUCGAAGUUUAGUAAUUGAAUCUCUUAGAUAAAUUUAUUUUAUUUUAUUUAUUAUUUUUGUGUAAUGAAUAAUAUGAGUAUAAACAAUGUUUAUGACUUAGUUGAAUUUGUGUAAUGCUAUAAUUAAAUGGGUUGUUUAUAAGCAAUUUUAAUAACAAUUAAUUAACUCAAAAUAUUCUAAUUUAGUUUCAAUUAUAUUUAAAAAUUGUUCUAUGUCAACUAUGUCAUUAUCACAAGUAUUUAUCAUAUAAUUUCUUCAAAAGAAUGUUCACACAAAACAGAAAAAAAAACCCCUCAAAGUGACAAGAGUUUUUGAUCAUUAUGUAAAUUAAAGACAACAAUAAUCUUGCCCCAAAUAAUUAUUUAAUAUCUUCUGACUCUAUGUCAUGCUAUUAAACCUUAAAUUAUAAUCCUUUCGAUUCUUUUCAUUAAUCUCUGAUUGUUUUCCAUAUUAAGUCUCUUAUUUUCACUCUUAAUCAAUUAAAUUACAAUAUUCACUUCCUUUGGAUUCCUAGUUAUACUGGGAUACAUGGUAACGAGCUUGCCGACAACUUAGCUAAAUCUACAUCUAAUCUAAUCUGCCCUUCCUUCGAUCAACUACUCUAAUCUGAUUUUAUCCCUUUUAUUAAGUGUCAUAUCUCCAAUCUUUGGUCCUCCCACUGAAAGAACCUUCCCACAAAUUUCGCUUCAAGAUAUAGACAUUUUACUGCACCCAAUAUCCUUAAUAAAAUUUGGUUUAACAACUUGUACUUACAUAGACCAUUUAUAGUUUAGUUAAACUAAUUACACAUGGGACAUUAUUUAUUACCCAGUCAUUAAUUUAAACUAGGAUUAAAUGAUUUCCCAUUUUGUACACUCCAUAUUACCCCACAUUAAUGUGUAUUAUUUACGUUUAAUACAAAACAUUUGUUAAAUUAAUUAAUUUUUCAACAAAAUCAAGUUUUUUUUAUAAUCUGGGUAUAACGAAGUUUAAAUACAACAAUCUGAAUUUCUAAGUACCUUGAAAAUCAUUAUAAGUGAAUUCUACUGUAUUUACUAGUUACCAUUAUAUUUAAUGCUGAAAAUUUGAACACUAUUAUCUUAAUACGUCAUUUAUGUUCUAUAUUAACAGGUAUUGAUAGAUUUAAAAGUUCCUUCUUAAUUCCUGGUGGAAUACAUGAGCCUAAAAAAGUUGAUUGUAUAUGUUCUGAUGGUUUUAUAAGAUCUCUUUUAUUAAAGGUAAAGUAAAUGUAAAUGUAUAGUAUAUAUAUUUUGCUUUUGUUUUAUUUAUACAUAUACAUUUUGUAUAGUUACAAAUAGUUUAAUUCAAUUAACAGGGUAAUGAAGAUAUGCGCCAAGAUGCAGUAAUGCAACAAGUAUUUGGGUUAAUGAAUAGAUUGCUUCUGUCGAAUAAAUCAACAACAAAGAAAAAAUUGACUAUAAGAACUUAUAAAGUAUAGUAAAAUUGAUGUAUUUAAUAAGUUAAAUACAAAAAAAAAAAAUGUUAAUAAUAAAAUUGUUUACUUCUAGGUAAUCCCUUUUUCACAACAAAGUGGAAUUGCUGAAUGGUGUGUAAAUACUAUAUCAUUAGGUGAUUACUUGAUUGGCAAAAAUUCAACUUCAGGUGCUCAUCAAAAGUAUAGACCCUAUGACAUGCUACCAGUAGACGCUAGGAAUGUUAUUAAAGUAAGUAUAAAUUAAUUAAUAAUAUAUUCUAAAUAAAUAUAGUUCAUUCUGCUCUCAGAUCUUUUAUUCCAUAAUCAUUAGCUUACACUUUGAAAUUAUAAAUCAAUGUAUGCCAUAAAUAUGGUUGUAGAUAACAAUCAAACAAAACUAAACUACAAAAAAGUAACAUACAAAUACUUAAUUUUGAAGAAUUCUGAGUGGAAAAACUUAUGGUUUUACAAAGAUGUUUUGUUUUUUUUUUAAUUUUGAUUUAUCUGUGGACAACUUUUUAACCAGCAAUUUUGUUCUAAUUUACAAUGAUAGCAAUUUUUUUAAAAGAAAAUCUGACUGGGGAGGUAUUUUAGAUAGCUCAUUUUUUGAUUUUCCAAUAAAUGGAACAAACCGUGAAAAAACAUGGAAAUAUGGUAGAAAAAACCGGAAAAUAGGUACAAUAUUAAACAAAUAUUAUUAAAGAAAAUAAUUAAUGUCUAUUUUACCAUAAUAUGGCAUAUACCAGGUGAUCCAUUUAAGAUUUAAAUGGACUUUAAUUUUAAGUGGAUACACUCAUUAUCUCAAAAAGUAUUAACUUUUUUCGGAAUUUGUUUUCUAGAGCAUUUAAGAAACAAGCAACUGUACAAUUUUAUAUUUAUGUUAUUUUUGUCAUCCUUAUUUUUGGGAGUAUAACCACUACCUAGUUUUGAUUUUUAAAUGCAACUUGUAUUUAAAAAGCCCAUAAAUAGAUGGAAUAUUAGUUAAAAUAAAUUUUAGUAUUGACAUUUUUGAUUUCUGUCUUGCUAUUGAUGAGUUAUUAUACUUUUAAGUUUGAGUUGGAGAGUAAUGGUGCAUUAUUAAAACGCCGGUUAGGUUUUGUAGCACUAUAGACCAGUAAAGUAGUACAGUUGUUUUGGGGGAAGGGGGCAGUGUCCAAGAAUAUUCACAUCAUAACUCAGGAACCUAAUUUUCUUCCAAUUGCCAAGUUUUAAAUUUUAGGCUCUUGGGAUAAGCCAGAAAUAAUAAAGUUGGAUUAUUAAAGAAAUUAUUAUAUUGGUUUAAUUGUCAUUAUUGGUACUAAAUCAAAAUCGUACUAUUUAAUAUUAUACCAUAUUCAUUUGUAUAUAAAUACAAUGCAAUUUUAAUUAUUUGGCAGAAAUCCAGAGAUAACAGGGACAGUCAAUAUACUAAACUAAAAAAAUAUUUAGCUGUUUGUGAAAAACUAAAGCCAGUAUUUAGAUAUUACUUCUUUGAAAAAUUUGUAUCACCUUCAAUUUGGUUUGAGAGAAGGCAAUCUUAUAUUUACAGGUAAACAGUCAAACAAUAAUUUUGCUUUUUGAUUUAAAAUAAUAUCUAAGUACUGUGUAAUAUAUUUUUGUAGUGUUGCUACUACUUCUAUGAUUGGAUAUAUAUUAGGUCUCGGUGACCGACAUUGUCAAAAUAUAUUAAUUGAUAAUAAUACUGCAGAACUCAUUCAUAUUGAUUUUGGUAAUGCAUAAAUACUUUUAAUAACUUAUAAAUAAGUACAUAUAAAUAAGAAUCAUAUUAUGUGAAAGAUUUUUUUUUUUUUUUAAAUUAAGGUGUUGCUUUUGAACAAGGCUUUUUAUUGAAUACGCCAGAAACUGUUCCAUUUAGACUGUCUAGAGAUAUUGUAGAUGGUAUGGGUAUUUGUGGCAUAGAAGGAACUUUUCGAAAGUAUAGAAAAUAAUUAAUAGUACAUUAUUUUCAAAAAUUACCUAAUAUUAUGUUUACAAAAUAGAUACUGUGAAAAAACUAUGUCAGUUUUGCGUCAAAAUCAAGAUGUGAUUGUAACAGUCAUUGAAGUUUUAUUAUAUGAUCCAUGUUACCAAUGGACAUUAACAGAAGAAAAAGCUGCUCUGCUUCAAAAUCAGUCAACAAUUCAAAAUGCUAAUAUUAAUUGUUAGUUUCAUUCUUAAAUCUACAUUGAUUCUGAGUGGAGCGGGGAAUGUAUUGGUUUACAAUGAUGUUUAUUUUGUUAUUUUUUUUAUUUGAAUAAUUUUCCUCCGAUUUAUAAUUACAACACUUCUUCCGAAAGGAAAUUUAACUGGGAAGGUACUUUAUGGAGGUAAUUUUUUAAUUUUCCCAGCAAAUGUAAAAACCCAGGAAGAAAGGUACAAUAUUAAACACAUAUUAUUAAAAAAAAAUGUUAAUGCAUAUGUAAUAUAUUUACUAAGUAUAAUAUUUUUUUUAUAACUUAUAUAUUGUUGUCAAAGCAAAACUAUUGACUGAACUCUGCUCAGAAUCGUUUUUUCAUUGUAUACAGAUAUACAUUAAAUUUCUAUCAAUGCUCUACCUUCUCGCCUACAACAGUGAUUAUCCCAGGAUAGCUUUUUAUUUAUUAAUAUUUACUGAUUCUCACUAUUUACUUAUUUUAGUAAUUGAAGUAAACAAAUUAGCUGAAAGGUCACUAAACAAAAUUCGCGUGAAGUUGUGCGGCAUGGAAGAAGCUGGAAGUGCAGCUAGUGUUAAUGGACAAGUGAAUAGACUCAUUCAACAAGCAAGAGAUCCAGCUAAUUUAUCGCUUUUAUUCCAUGGCUGGCAAGCGUACUUAUAG